UACGCACAUCAAGGUUUGAGACAUCCUUCAUGCAUCAUUGAGGGAGUUAGACAACAUCAAUAUGAAGCUUGUCUUAAAACUCCACGUAGACUUUGGGAUUCAAAUUUCACAUUGGAUCAAGAAGAAUGUGAAGCAUCUGCAACCAAUACAAUAAAUCAUCACUUUUUGUUACCAGCACCAUCAAGUGAUUCCACGAAUUCUGAAAUGACUGAUCCUCCCAGAGAAGAAAUGAAUGAAGGUCUCAUUGAAACAAUUAAAUCAGUCAUGAAAGGAAUCACAUUACCUACUUCCAAUUUACCACAGUGGGCUCAUCUGGUGCCAGAGGAAGAAUGGAAAGCUGCAUUGUUAUCAGAAAUGCAUUCCCGAAAAUUACACUGCAGCAAAGAUUGUGAAAAUAAUUGCACUCCUUUAUCAGAAAAAGAUAACGAACCAGAUGAUCGAACUGAUGUCUUACGAUAACUGUUAGGAGGAAUGCACGAAUUACUCUACAUAAAAUUAUUCAUAAAUAAAUGCAUAACAGUUCUGCAUAAAAUCAGUAAAAUAUACUGACUUGAAGAAUCAAUCUCUUAAGAUGACAUUCUGGACAAAAAUUGUAUUUGAUUUAUUAUGGUGAACUAUUUUAAACAGGAUGCUAUAAAAUAGAAGUUAUAACAUACUUUAUAAAAUUGUUAAUCUUAUAUAUAGUUUAUUGACUUGGAACAUAACUGCAAAUAAAAAAACUGAUAUUAAGAGAUGGCCACUAGAUAAAUUAGUAAAUAAAAGUUUAAACUGUAUUUUUGUUGUAUAUAGAAUAUGUAAUUUCUAGCCUAAUAUCAAUCUUGUAAUUUUCUGUACACUUUAUUUCAACUAAUAACAUCUCACAUGUGUUUGAUUAUUUAAGGGUUGUAUUAAUUGUUGCUUUAAAAUGUUAAAAUUUUGGGCGAAGCAAGUAAAGAGCCUGUUAAGUAUACCUGAAAUAGAGGCCAGGAAGUAAUAUUAAAGAUAUACAUCAUAAUGUUAUGAACAUCAUCCCAUUUGAAUUAAUUUCAUUUAAAUUAUCACCAUUUUGGGGAGGAAAAGAGUGCUCUUUCUUAGUAAAUUUAUAUAAACAGUGAUCUUCGCUUAAAAUUGCAUAUUUUUCUUUUCCAUAUUUAAGAAACAUGCUGAUAAUUCAUAUUUAUUAUUAAUUGUAAUUAACUAAUAAAUUCAAUAACUCAAAAUGUCUUUUUAUACCUAUAUUUUGUUAUUUACUCUAUAUGCCAUACAUUAAUUGCUGCAUUUACAUAAUUUUAAAAUAGUACGGAAAGCAUAUAUCAGCAGAAUUUGAGCACAUUUAUAUCUUAAUAUAAUAAAAUUAGUUUCUGCCUUGUAUUCUCAUACUUUAUGUUGUGCUUGUUGUUCUAAAAUAUAUUAUAAAAUACAUGAUUUCUGUAU